AUGUGUGGGAACCUGCGUGUAGUUUAUCUCCACAAUAAUUCGAUAAGUAAAAUAGAAAAUUUACAUUUCGGAACGAACAUCACGCAUUUAUAUCUCCAACACAAUAAUAUAUCAAAAAUUGAGAACUUGGACUGUCUGCAAAAUCUUACAUCAUUAUUUCUGGGAUACAAUAACAUUGCCGUAGUUGAAGGUUUGGGAAAUCUAGAGAACUUGACAGAACUGCACGUGGAAAGACAGAAAAUUUCCGCGGGAGAAUCGCUGCAUUUCGAUCCCAGAAGCUGUCACAGUUUAACCAUGUCAUUGAAAGUUCUGAAUAUAGCAGGAAAUAAAAUGAAAACUUUGAAGGCCAUUAAUAAUUUCGAAAGGCUUGAAUCGUGCGAUGCAAGAUGUAAUUCUAUCGAAGACAUUAAGGAUUUGACGGAAACCGUACAAAGUUUGAGAAAGUUGAAACAAUUAUUUCUUCAAGAGAAUCCAGUAACGAAGUGGUACAGAUACAGAGAAAAUAUCAUCGCCAAUUCGGACUCGUUAGAUUUUUAUGUCACAGAAUGUUUAGACGACAAGGACAUAAGUUCAGUGUGUCGAAAAUUUAUGAAAAAUUUCAAAAUCGAACAACAUCUUCAGCAAACAACUAAACAAUCAAAAAUGACUCUUAGCGAUGACAUAACGAGUUCGUUGAAUUUGCCUCCGGCAUUCAAGAGAUCCGUCACUCGAGCUAUAUUACAGAAUUCAGGACCGAAAUUAUCAGUAUCUGUGACAUCUGCGUCGGGCCAGCUGCAGCCACAGAUUUUCCCGUCUUGGAGAUCAGUGCCUUCAAUCAGAGGCUUGAGGGAUAGUCAUUUUACUCCUAGACCGUUUUGGAGAAGUUCAUCGAGAGGUCGGCCAAGUCUAACGUUUGCAGCUGCAAGCGGGAACACCAUAGCAUUACCACCGAUCUAAUUGCAAGAAAAAUAUUUCAAAGCAAAGUUGAUUAUAAUAAUAGGUAGAUGUGAACGUACAAAUUGGCUCGAAUUCGUGGUGCAUCUGCUUUUUUGCAUAAAG